AUGUUAUUGGAUGACCAGCUGAAGUAUUGGGUAUUGUUGCCUAUUUCGAUUGUCAUGGUGUUGACGGGUGUGCUCAAACAGUACAUCAUGACGCUCAUAACGGGGAAUAGUGCCAAUGAAGUGCAACCAAGAGUGAAGCUAACUGAAUGGCAAUACUUGCAGUGGGCACAAUUAUUGAUUGGAAACGGCGGGAAUCUAUCUGCAGAGGCUUUCGCUGUCAAGAGAGAAUUUCUUAUCAAGGAUCUUACCGAGGAAAGACAUUUGGCCAAGGCCAAGCAGCAGGAUGGCACGGCUGCUGCAGAAAUGCCCAAUCCCUUCAACGAUCCCAGCAUGUCAAAUGCCAUGAUGAACAUGGCGAAGGGAAACAUGGCAAGUUUCAUCCCUCAGACCAUUAUCAUGUGGUGGGUCAACCAUUUCUUCGCUGGAUUCAUUCUUAUGCAACUUCCCUUUCCUUUAACUGCCAAGUUCAAAGAAAUGUUACAAACCGGUAUUGUUUGUCAGGACCUAGACGUCAGAUGGGUCAGUUCUAUCUCAUGGUAUUUCAUCUCUGUGCUCGGGUUGAAUCCAGUUUACAACUUGAUUGGGUUGAAUGACCAGGAUAUGGGGGUACAAGCCGGAGUGGGCGGGCCACAAGGUGCUCAGGGCCCUCCACAGUCACAGGUGGACAAGGCCAUGCAUGCAAUGGCCAACGAUUUAACCAUAAUUCAACAUGAAACCUGUCUUGAUAACGUCGAGCAAAGAGUUCUGAAGCAGUAUAUGUAA